CCGGAGCUUUAUAAAGCUCUGUACUGUUUACCACUAGCACUCACACGAGAGACAGAGGACGAUCUGAAGGGUGGAAAUCACAGCAGACACAAAGUCCGAGCUGUCAAACACAAGCUUGCCGUCCAUCCUCCUCUGCUUCACGGAUUACCUGCAGGAUUGUCUCCGGAUCUCAUCGCAGUGUUUGCACUUUGGGAUUACAGACAAAAGGGAUCUUUAAACAGCCGCUGCCGUUAGAACAAAACGGAUGUCAGUGUGGUGGUUAGAGAUGGGAGAGGGUCUGGGGCCUCUCUCCCCUGUAGGAUGGUAGCCGACAGCACAUUGGAAGGUCAUGACAAGACACAGUUGUCAAGCUCAUCGGCAUCAUCCUCCUCCUCCUCAUCAUCUUCUUUGUCCUCAUCAUCAUCCUUGUCCUCAUCAUCAUCCUCAUCCUCGUCGCGGUCAUCUCCGCUGGCUGGGCACGAGCUCGCUCCUCAACGCACCGAGUCACAGCAGCUCCAGCGCCGGGCUGCUGCAGAUCCGAACCCGAGGUCGGUGGCCGUCCCUGCUGUGUAUCUGACCCACUUCCCCACGUUCACCUGCAAGGAGGACUGCAGGAUCAUAACAGACACAGCCGCCAAGCUCGAGCGCAGCGGCUUCUACUGGGGUCCUCUGGGAGUAGAGGACGCCCAUCGCAUGCUGCGGGACGCCCCUCAGGGCAGCUUCCUGAUCCGGGACAGCCGGCAAAAAGACGUCUUCUUCACGCUGUCUUACCACGGCAAGAGCGGGCCGGUGAGCGUGCGCAUCGACUACAGGCGGCAAAAGUUCUCAUUAGCGGGCAACGAGCGCUCCUUCCCGACACUCUUUUCCCUCUUGGAGCAUUACGUGAGCUCUCCCAAGAAGAGCCUGAGCAUCCCGUACCGGAGAUGUCAGCCGACGCUGCAGGAGCUGUGCAGGAAGCGCAUCAUGGGGCUGUGCGGCGGAGAAAGCCAGGUCACGGAGCUGCCGCUCACCCAUGUUGUCCAAGACUUCCUGUUGGAAUUCCCUUACAAACUAUGACCAGCUUGCAAGUUUUGAUAGUAUUAUUUUUAAUUUCAAGAAGGCAGUUGUUACCAAGUAACAGUAAACAGGAAGUGUUAGUGGAGCCUGCCCAUCAUGUGUUGGCGGUUCAGACUGCAA